AUGCUCCAAAGUUUGUCUCCGCAAUCGACAAAGAUGAGAUCUUUACCUUCUUCUUCUUCUUACCCACUCGUCGCUUUGAGCAAUAGACUUGAAACCCUCUUUAGGAAAGCAGAACAGCUUUCGGUUCUGUGUCAAAUUGAGGUCUGCGUUAUCUAUUAUGGACCUCAAGGAGAACUUCAAACGUGGCCUCACGAGAUAGAGAAAGUAAGAGAUAUGUGUGUGCGGUACAGUCGGCUAAACGAAUCCUUGAGAAGCAAAAAACGCGUUAAUCUUUCUGAGUUCCUCAAGGACAAGGACAAGGGUUUGGAGAAUCCGAACAAGAGGAGGAAGACGUCGUCUCCGAAGAAGAAUGUGGAUGUAUUGAAGUAUCCAAUCUCUGAUCACUACUCUCCCGACCAAAUCCCCCAAUUGAUUCAGUCCUUGCAACUCAAUAUCUCUACAUUCCAACGAAGGCUUCGAUUUCUUGAGUCGCAAGAGAAACACAAACUACUCGAUCAUCAUCAUCAGAGUUUAGCAUCAUCCUCCUCUCUCACGACCCAUUCUUUGAACCCUAGCCUGCAUCAGA